CCCCUUCCCGCCUCGAGCCUAUCCGCUCUUUGCCUGUGGUAUUGUUAGGAGAGAAGGAGCUGAAUCAGGCUGGCCGCGCCCCCUCCCCGCGGGGCUCCUCCCCAUCUCCCCCCGCGCAGCCAAUCCACAUUGUUAUGCAAAUGAGGGCAGUUUAAAAGGCGGCGGCGCUUCUGCGAGGCGCUCAGUGCCUCGGCGGACGCGGAGGAGGGAGGUCUGAUGCCAUGAGCCAGACGGAGGUCUCCCCUUGCGGGGCGGCAACAGGAACGACAGCGGCGUCCUCUUCGUCUUCCUCGUCCUCCUCUUGCCCGGCGCCUCUUCCGUCCUCGACGGCGCCGGCCUCGCCUUCGCUGCCGGGGAGCCAGCGGGUCUUCCAGGAGGCGGUGCGGGCGGGCAACACGGCGGCGCUGCAGGCCUUGCUGCAAGGCAUGUCCAGCUGCGAGUUCAACGUCAACGCCUUCGGGCCGGAGGGGCAGACGGCGCUGCACCAGUCCGUCAUCGAAGGCAACCUGGAGCUGGUUAAACUGCUGGUCAAGUUCGGCGCCGACGCCCGGCUGGCCAACCGCGACGGCUGGAGCGCCCUCCACAUCGCCGCCUUCGGGGGCCACCAGGACAUCGUCCUCUACCUCGUCACGCGGGCCAAGUACGCAUGCGCCGGGCGAGGAGCCGCCGGGGGCGGGGCCGGCGGAGGAGGAGGAGCCGCCGGGGGCGGGGCCUCGAGGUGAGAGAGAAUCUGCCUGUGGUGUUGCCACGCCCCCUUCUGGCCCCGCAGCCAAUCUGCGUUGGAUGCAAUACCGCAGGCUGCCAACCGGGGGCGAAGAGCGAGGGGGCAAAACAAAACCCUCCGCACCCCGCAGCCAACCAGGGCGGGCUUUCCACGUUGGAUGCAGUACCGCCGGCCGCCAACUGGGGGCGGAGUGCGAAAGGGCAAAACAAAACACUCGCCCCGCCCUGUUUUCACCUCGCAGCCAAUCAGGGCGUUGUAUGCAGUACCGCAGGCUGCCAACUGGAGGCGUAGAGCGAGAGGGCAAAACAAAAACCCUCGCCACGCCCCCUUCUGACUCCAUAGCCAAUCAGGGCCGCCUGUCCGCGUUGGAUGCAGUACCGCAGGGCGCCGCUCGGGGCGCAAAACAGGACAAAACAAACCCUCCCUGCGAGGUCGGCCGAGAGGACUCAAAAGGAACAGGGAUGGUCCCGUGGAUUUAUUGGACUCGCGUGGCGAAGAGAGAGACUCGAGGAGCCGCGAAGCCCGGGGCCUCCAGGAAUAUGUCGAAGCUGCUGGGAAGAAGCCUCCCGUUCAAUGUGUUGCGUGAUUCUGCUCUGGAGUCCUUUUGAUAGAUAGGAUUGUGUGAUGACUUUGUGUCUGGGCCUUGGUUCUACUGUAAAACCCCUCCGCGGUUCCUUUCCCUCGCCUUCCAUCUACCUCGGUUGCGCCCCGCAGUAUUUACCCCUGCUUCCUUUCCCCAAUUUCAGGAGCUUGCUGCUGUCUUGACGCCCCUUUUGCCCCGCAUUCGAUGCGGUAUUAACCUCCAAAUGAAGCAUAGGAGUCUCCGAAUGGGGUGGGUGGGGAAGGGUACAUUUUCCCCCCUUUUGGGGGAAUAGGGAGCAUUCUGUUACUCCCUUCUAGGAAUGGGGCCUUUUGGACUUCAUCUCCCAGCAUCCUUGCUCAUUGACCGCAGCGGUGGAGGCUUCUGGGAGUUGGAGUCCCAAGGCCCCUUGGAAGCUAGGCCUAGUCGCUGUGACGUCACUUCAAGCCUUGGACUCUAUUUCCCAGAGUGCCUGCUCCUUCGCCGCCACUGCCGAGGCUUCUGGGAAAUGGAGUCCAAAGCGGCCUAGAGGUUGGGAAGCGCCAGAAAAGGCUGAGGUGCGUUUCUGAGGGAACUUGGAAAACUUAAAAUCUAACCCUAUUUGUUGAAUAGGAUUGCCAUAAGACACCCCCUGCUCUUUGCAAGACACAUUUCCCCGCUAUUUAUCCAUGUAAAUAAGAUUGUGUGUAUGUUUGUUCACUGUGUGUACAUAUAUGUGUGUGCCUAUGUAUAUAUAUCUAUAUAUAUUGGGUGUUGUGUUUGAAGGGAUGCCUCGGAAAUACAGUUUUUUGGGGGGAAGAAGCAGGAAUUGAAUGAUAUUUUCUUUCUUUUUCUUCCUGCCCUCCUCCCUCAAUUGCA